UUCAAUUUAAUUUUUACUGUUGCCGGCCUCACAGGAACAUUUGAUCCCGCGUGAGUGGCUGGCAGUUGUGUGUGUGUAUAUGUUGUGGUCCAAUCUAGCUUCUGGAUUAUGACUGCCAUCCAGCUGCAGCAGUCAAUGUGCGCGCUCUCUCCUUUCCCUUCUUAUUCCUCUCUCGCGGUUGUGGGAUCAUGAGUAACUCUUCUGCCUAUCUGGUGCGGGAGAGAUGAGAAGGAAAUUAAUAGCACAUCACUCCUGCUUGUCAUAUCCAACUCUGCUCCAUAUCACUCUAUCCCCGGCCCGAACGCCGGUCCUGUGAACGCAUGCCGUUCACUUUGCCACAUACACACAUACUCAUACACAGUCGUCGCGCUGCUCUCCUCCAUUCCACCGGAAACCGUUAUGAACGGGUCAGAGGCCUGCCGAGUUUUUCUUGCACAUUGGGCGCUGAUCUUAUCGCAGCGUGAAAUAUGCCCCAUUAUUCAGCUGCUCAAGCGUCCACCCACCUUGCCGAUCAAGCACGCCGGCGCUCGGUAAACGCCGGAAUCUGAUUUUUCCCAGGAGUCAGACACUGUGGGAAGAUUUUUCCGCACCAUGCAAUAGUUGUGUUUUCUUGCUGGAAUAUUAUCCCGGUUGAAUGAAUGAUCCAGCGCCUUAUCGAGGACGUUGGUGGUGUCUUGUGGAAACCGAUGCGAUCUGAUGCUCAUGCCGGGUACGGAGCCGCAGCUGCCUGCUCAAGCGGUUGUCGUGAUUAAGGCACCAACGGCUGCUGCGGCCGGUUAUGCGCCAUGGUGGCCUGCACUGAACGGCGUAUGGCCGUCAGCAGUCACGUACUGAACGCGGCCUCCAUCAUCUGCCUGGCAACCUCCAUGCUCACCAAUCACUGGCUGCUGACCGAGGAGCGCAUCCCCGAAGAGUCGGCCACGCCGCAUUUUAUGCUGACAAAGGCCGGGACGUUCGUGCAGAGCAAUACGACGUACUGGAAUCGGACCACGUUCUCCGGCAUGUUCGCGUUCUGUACGCGCAAUGUCUAUCCCUCCUUACCGGAGCAGCCGGCUGACUGCUUCUGGAUCGACCACCACAUUCCCGAUCAUACGCGCCUGGUGGAUGCCCGCAAUGCCACGACGUGUGUUAUUUAUGCCACAAUUAUCUCCAUGCCUUCUCUUGUAUCGGCGGCCGCCGUGACCUUUAUCGGUAUGGUGACCAACAUGCUCAUCCGGGUGCGCAAAAUCUGGGUCUUCAUCACUGGCAUCAUCUACAUCACCGCCGGUAUCUGCACCUUUACCUGCCUCGUUCUCUACAUCACCUACGUCGUACAGGAGCUCGAGCACAAACACGACGAGAAAUCCGAAGACGGCGAGGACAGCUUCCAGCAUUGGUACGGCUACUCCAGUAUCCUGGCCAUGGUAUCGUUCUGCUGCCAGGAGCUGGGCGGCAUCAGUCUGGUGUACCUCAGUAUCUUCCAGUUCAAAGCGCACUGGGAUAAAAAAGAGCGCCAGGAGCAGGGUCGCCAACUGCAGCUCAACAAUUACCCGUUUAAUCGCAACCCGGACUACCGGUUCCCUGGGCAACCCGCCCGCUCGGCGUGUAAUCACGUAGAAGCGCGGGGAUGCUAUUCCAGUCUGGACCAGAUUGAGAUGGUUCCUCUAUACGAGCAACGGGCGUUUUAUAACUCCCGGAAUCCUUACGAUACCUGCCUGGCGAAUUGUUCCCCGAAACUCAGUCGGAAGAGCCUGACCGUGCCUGAUCUGGAUGUCCGCACGCGGGAUGUGUACGUGGGGAAUCACGUGGGGUGUUCCUAUAAUACGCCGUACUGCCCGUCGUACUAUCCGCCGGACAAGCGGAAAGCGGCCGGUGGACAGAAUCCGCGGUACGCGGCGCCCCCCGCCAUGGGCCGGUUGCCGCGACAGGUGACCUUUUCCGAUGAGGAACUAGACGCUGUGGAGCCACGGCAACGCUCGUUUGCUGCCGCGCAGUUCAACUUGCCCAACGCGACCUAUGCUCAGCCGAGGAGGCAUCGGCCCUUACGGACGAGUAGUCUCCGGAUGACGCCGGUGUAGAAGUGCUAUUUUUCACGUUUUCCCCGGAUCCGGGAAAUAUGAUUUAUGUUCGUUCAUGUUGUACAUGUGCUGGAGUGAAUGAUGAAACCGAUUGUCUGCUUAUAUAUUCCGAGUGUGCAAUUUUGCUGCAGUCUUCCGUUCGAUGUACAUACAGAUACAUUGGUCUGCCUCAAAGGCGGGAAUGCCUGCCAUGAAGUCAAUAUUUCUUUCAGUCAUGCCAUCAUGACAUUGGUCGGAAAUA